UGGAGGGAUGGCCUUGAAAUGAAAAGAUGUAGAUGUCUUGAGUGGGUUAUUGCCAGCACAAUAAAAAACGAAAAAACGACUACAUCAACCUGAAAGAAUGCUGGUUCAUUGUUUACGGUUCAUUGUUUACACCAACUUUAAUAGGUGCGUAUACGCUUUAAAAAGUGAUGACUUGUCUGAGCUUCAUUAAAGUGGAGCUGUUGUUUACAGCAUCACACGUCUGUGGAAAUCGCUGAAUUUGAGGCGUGGCUAGCCUACUUUGUGUAAUGACAUUUUUUUCGUUACUUGAAAAACCAUGUGACGUAGUGAAUCUCCACAAUACUACCAUGCACAACCGCCGCGCAACAGAUGCUUGGCUUGAAGGGACCGGGCGCACAAGUAAAGGACUGGCAAAUAAUGCACUGUUUCAAGAGGGAUGGCUGUUUACGCAAACCAUACUUUUGGAAUGUUCUUGGAUUAUUGCAAAAAUACUUUAUUUCUCUUUUGGACCCACUAGAACAGUGUCCCUCAUGACACUUAUUUUCGAAGACCGACUACAUGUUCUGAAAUAUUUGCGGAGAUGAAUUCGUACUACAUAGUAUUUGAGAUAUUAAUAGCAAUUUUGUCCAUAUCUGGCAAUGUAUUGGUUUGCUGGUCUGUCGCCAUCAACACCACUCUGAAAACAGCAACUAACUACUUUUUGGUGUCUUUGGCUGUGGCAGAUAUUUUGGUGGGUUGCCUUGCCAUUCCCUUUGCCAUAACCAUAAGCAUCGGUAUCCUUUUGGACUUCUAUGGAUGUCUUUUUCUUGCCUGUUUUGUUUUGGUACUGACUCAAAGCUCAAUUUUCAGCCUCCUUGCAGUUGCAAUUGAUAGAUAUUUGGCCAUCAAUAUACCCCUCAGGUACAAGGAGCUGGUGACAGGCACGAGGGCCAGAAGAAUCAUUGCUAUUUUAUGGAUCCUGUCCUUUGUCAUCGGCCUCAUCCCGUUCCUGGGUUGGAACCUGAAGGUUUCUUCCUGCCGUCAGAAUGUCUCCAGCAGCCUGACAAAUGGCAGCUCUGUGGGGGAAACCAGUACCACUAUCGCCCCUCUGGUGGACGAUCUGAGCAGCAUCAAGCUCACCUGCCAGUUUGAGAAUGUGGUGGACAUGCACUACAUGGUCUACUUCAACUUCUUUGGCUGUGUCCUGCCUCCUCUGCUCAUCAUGCUGGGCAUCUAUGUGAAGAUCUUCACUGUGGCCCGCAUGCAGAUGCACCAAAUUGAGCUCAAGUGCUCGGUGAGCAGCAAUAGGUGCAGCCACCAUAACGGGCUGCUUCAGCGCGAGAUCCGUGCCGCCAAGUCUCUGUCCAUCAUCGUGGGGCUGUUUGCCCUAUGCUGGCUGCCCGUGCACAUCCUCAACUGCCUGACCCUGUUCUACAAGGACCUGUACAAGCCGGCCCCAGUCAUGUACAUAGCCAUCAUGCUGUCGCACGCCAACUCCGCUGUCAAUCCCAUUAUCUACGCCUAUCGCAUCCAGGACUUCAGGAACACCUUCCGCAAGAUCCUGACGCGUCAAGUCCUGUGUCAGAGGGAGGAGCUCUACCUCCACUCCUCCAAUGGAAGCAGGCGGAGCAGAGACCAGAUCCACAUGACCAUUGACCCAUUACUCUGAGGGGUGGGGUUGCAGGGGGCAUGAGCCUUUACUGUAAGGGCAGGCAACGGGGGCAUGAGGCUACUAGUUCUGCCGACCAUUGACCCUUUACUUCAUAGGUGGGGCCACAGGCCAGCCGUGUAGCUCAAAACACUACCUGUGUUCAUGUUUCUGUUGUAUUUUAUUUUUGAAUGCCAUUUUAAGUGAGAUUAGAAAUGUUUACAGAACAAAGCAUGGGGGUAUAAUGAUAUACAGUGCCUUGAAAAAGUAUUCAUCCCCUUGGUGUUUUUCCUAUUUUGUUGCACAACCUGUAAUUUAAAUGGAUUGCUUAUGUAUUCACCCCCCUUUGCUAUGAAGCCCCUAAAUAAGAUCUGGUGCAAUCAAUUACCGUCAGAAGUCACAUAAUUAGAUUGCACACAGGUGGACUUUAUUUAACUAAGUGCCACAUGAUCUCAGUAUAUAUACACCUGUUUUGAAAGGCCCCAGAGUCUGCAAUACCAUUAAGCAAGGGGCACCGCCAAGCAAGCGGCACCAUGAAGACCAAGGAGCUCUCCAAACAGGUCAGGGACAAAGUUGUGGAGAAGUACAGAUCAGGGUUGGGUUAUAAAAAAAAUAUCAGAAACUUUGAACAUCCCACGGAGCACCAUUUUAAAUCCAUUAUUAAAAAAUGGAAAGAAUAUGGCACCACAACAAACCUGUCAAGAGAGGGCUACCCACCAAAACUCAUGGACCAGGCAAGGAGGGCAUUAAUCAGAGGCAACAAGGAGACCAAAUAUACCCCUGAAGGAGCUGCGAAGCUCCACCGCAGAGAUUGGAGUAUCUGUCCAUAGGACCACUUUAAGCCGUACACUCCACAGAGCUGGGCUUUACGGAAGAGUGGCCAGAAAAAAGCCAUUGCUUAAAGAAAAAAAUAAGCAAACACGUUUGGUGUUCGCGAAAAGGCAUGUGAGAGACUCUCCAAACAUAUGGAAGAAUGUACUCUGGUCAGAUGAGACAAAAAUUUAGCUUUUUGGUCAUCAAGGAAAACUCUGUCUGGUGCAAACCCAACACCCCAACACCCCGAGAACACCAUCUCUGCAGUGAAGCAUAGUGGUGCCGGCAUCAUGCUGUGGGAAUGUUUUUCAUCGACAGGGACUGGGAAACUGGUCAGAAUUGAAGGAAUGAUGGAUGGCGCUAAAUACAGGGAAAUUCUUGAGGGAAACCUGUUUCAGUCUUCCAGAGAUUUGAGACUGGGACGGAGGUUCACCUUCCAGCAGGACAAUGACCCUAAGCAUACUGCUAAAGCAACACUUGAGUGGUUUAAGGGGAAACAUUUAAAUGUCUUGGAAUGGCCUCGUCAAAGCCCAGACCCCAAUCCAAUUGAGAAUCUGUGGUAUGACUUAAAGAUUGCUGUACACCAGCGGAACCCAUCCAACUUGAAGUAGCUGGAGCAGUUUUGCCUUGAGGAAUGGGCAAAAAUCUCAGUGGCUAGAUAUGCCAAGCUUAUAGAGACAUACCCCAAAAGACUUGCAGCUGUAAUUGCUGCAAAAGGUGGCUCUACAAAGUAUUGACUUUGGGGGGUGAACAGUUAUGCACGCUCAAGUUUUCAGUUUUUUUGUCUUAUUUCUUGUUUGUCUCACAAAACAUAUUUUGCAUCUUCAAAGUGGUACGCAUGUUGUGUAAAUCAAAUGAUACAACCCCCCCAAAAAUCAAUUUAAAUUCCAGGUUGUAAGGCAACAAAAUAUGAAAAAUGCAAGCCACUGUAUGAAGCUGAAUAGAUUAAUCUGUCAAAUAUGCCUUGAAUGUGGAGCAUUAUUUAUGAGUUAAGAUGAGUAUCAGGCAAGGUGAUAAAGCUAGCCUGGCCCCAGAUCUGUGUGUGCCGUCUUACUAACUCAUUGUCAUGGCCAUAGGAGUUAGCAAGACCACACAAACAUCUGGGACCAGGCUAGUGAAAAUUUACUUUAAAGCUGGAAUCUGUACUUGGUAAAACUGCCAUGUCCGUUUGCGAUAUUACAAUAACAAAGUUACUUCAAACAACGAAUAUUAUUUUCCCCCUCUGACAUCAUUGCACGCACGAUAGAACAGCAGAGUAUGUAGGCCUACUGCAAUUGUUUGUACUACGAUGCUGGAUGCUCCUUUCCUCCGUUUCAUCAACAAAACAAAAACAAUAACACAUGCUCUGGGGCGAACAGUGGCACUGUUCUACCUAAUGCGGAUUCCAGCUUUAACUGUUGAAGGAUUUUUAUUUUAUUUUGUUGAAGCUAACUGGAUUUGCAGGACUGUGAAAUUAAUCCACUGAUGAAUCCAAUACUAUGAGAACACCUCAUUUACCAUUCCUACACAUUGACCAUAUCAUAACUUAAAACACAUUUUUCUAAGUCUUAACUUUCCAAAAAAUAAUAUGCAUCAAGUGUUCAAUGUUUACUGUUUGGUAUUUGAUUAGUCAUGUAGCUAAAAUUUGAGAAACCUGGCUGAGGUGUGUAUUGUUCGUCAUGGGCUAUAUCAGACUUCUUCAGUACUGGUGUUGCAUAAAAACAUACAUCGGAAACUCUGCCAAGUGGAACCAUUUUCGACUAAACAGCAACAUGUCGAACAACACAGCUCGGAUUGGGAAAGUAUUUUUACACAUAAUAUAAACUUGUGGUGUUAUUGUGCUCUGCAUGAAUUUUGCAAAUAUCAUGGCUUCUUUAGAUUCAUGGAGAAAGCUCAGGAAUAUACAGUAUGUGGUGGGCAGACUGAGUAAUGUGAAAAAAUACAUCUAAAAUUCAGAAACAGGAUAUUUAGUGAUUCGCAAGAAAAUCACGUCAACCUUUUAACUUACAAAUACAUGCCUCAUUAUUUGAAAUUCUUGAUUACUUAGUUAUGUAAUCUCCCUUUUUAAAAUGAUAGAUUUACAUUAUUAUUCCUAACAAAAUGCUGACAUUUUUUGGGAGUCUUGUUCAACAUAGCCUAAAUCAUAUCAGAAAACAAAUCUGUGUUACUUAUUGUUAUACAGUUGAAGUUGGAAGUUUACAUACACCUUCGCCAAAUACAUUUUAACUCAGUUUUUCACAAUUCCUGACAUUAAAUCCUAGUAAAAAUAACCUGUUUUAGGUCAGUUAGGAUCACCACUUUAUUUUAAGAAUGUGAAAUGUCAGAAUGACUUAUUUCUGCUUUUAUUUCUUUCAUCACAUUCCCAGUGGGUCAGAAGUUUCCAGAAACAAUUUAAAGGCAAUGCUACCAAAUUGAGUGUAACUUGGGCAAACGUUUCGGGUAGCCUUCCAUAAGCUUCCCACUAUAAAUUGGGUGAAUUUUGGCCCAUUGAGCUGGUGUAACUGAGUCAGGUUUGUAGGUCUCCUUGCUCACACACGCUUUUUCAGUUCUGCCCACAAAUGUUCUAUAGGAUUGAGGUCAGGGCUUUGUGAUGUCCACUCCAAUACCUUGACUUUGUUGUCCUUAAGCCAUUUUGCCACAACUUUGGAAGUAUGCUUGGGGUCAUUGUACAUUUGGAAGACCCAUUUGCGACCAAGCUUAACUUCCUGACUGAUGUUGCUUCAAUAUAUCCACAUAAUUUUCCUGCCUCAUGAUGCCAUCUAUUUUGGGAAGUGCACCAGUCCCUCCUGCAGCAAAGCACCCCCACAACAUGAUGCUGCCACCCCCGUGCUUCACGGUUGAGAUGGUGUUCUUCGGCUUGCAAGCCUCCCCUUUUUCCUCCAAACAUAACGAUGGUCAUUAUGGCCAACCAGUUCUACUUUUGUUUCAUCAGACCAGAGGACAUUUUGGAGAAAUGUAUGAUCUUUGUCCCCAUGUGCAGUUGCAAACCGUAGUCGGGCUUUUUUAUGGCGGUUUUUGGAGCAGUAGCUUCUUCCUUGCUGAGCGGCCUUUCAGGUUAUGUCGAUAUAGGACUCGUUUACUGUGGAUAUAGAUACUUUUGUACCUGUUUCCUCCAGCAUCUUCACAAGGUCCUUUUCUGUUGUUCUGGGAUUGAUUCGCACUUUUCGCACCAAAGUACGUUAAUCUCUAGGAGACAGAACACGUCUCCUUCCUGAGCGGUAUGACGGCUGCGUGAUCCCAUGGUGUUUAUACUCGCGUACUAUUGUUUGUACAGAUGAACGUGGUACCUUCAGGCGCUUGGAAAUUGCUCCCAAGGAUGAACCAGACUUGUGGAGGUAAAAAAAAAAAUAUUCUGACAUCUUGUUGAUUUCUUUUUGAUUUCCCCAUGUCCAAAGAGGCACUGAGUUUGAAGGUAGGCCAUGAAAUACACCCACAGGUACACCUCCAAUUGACUCAAAUCAUGUCAAUUAGCUUAUCAGAAGCCAUGACGUCCUUUUCUGGAAUUUUCCAAGCUGUUCAAAGACACAGUCAACUUAGUGUAUGUAAACUUCUGACCCACUGGUAUUGUGAUACAGUGAAAUCAUCUGUCUGUAAACAAUUGUUGGACAAAUUACUUGUGUCAUGCACAAAGUAGAUGUCGUAACCGACUUGCCAAAACUAUAGUUUGUUAACAAGAAAUUUGUGGAGUGGUUGAAAAAUGAGUUUUAAUGACUCCAACCUACGUGUAUGUAAACUUCUGAUUUCAACUGUAUAUUACACAUCUGAAUGUCAACCUCUUCCCUUGGCAUCCCUAGAAGGUCCAUAAUACAACCCUCACAUGGACUGACACACACACCUCACAUGGACACAGCUGUGAUUGUUUGCCAACCUGGCAAAUUCCUGUGUUCUGGAACAAACCAGGUGGCUUUUAAUACUCAAUAUUGUCAAACUGUUGGAUCAACCACUUCUACGCUGUACGGUCUGUCCUAGCAUAACAGCUAAGAGCCAUGUGGCUCCAUCCCCCUCACUCAGUAAGAACUCCUAAAUACACCACUUCACUACACCAAGCCAAAUCAGUCAAUGCAAUGCUGAGGAGGUCCCUCUUUGUUGAACGAAACAAGCUCUUUAAUUUCAAUUCUUGAAUUUGAAUUGGCCACACCUGACAGGAAGCAGCAUUGGAAUUGAAUUUGCAUUAAAGAAAGUAGAAUUAAAUUCAAUACAUUUAUUUAUUUAGAAUUGCUUUGAAUUAUAUUCUGCUUCCUUCAAUUAAAAUCCUGCUUCUUUUGGGGUGUGGCCUACAAAUUAAAUUCAGAAAUUUUGAAUUGACACAAACCCUGCAGGGAACGCUAGGCCUAACGAUAUUGUAGGGUUUACAAGUCCUUGUUCUGUGAAAGACAAAAAUAUGCUUCAUUGUUGUAAUUGUAUUUUUGUACGAGUGAGUCUGACACAGUGUUGUGAAAUAGACGGUGCAUCGUUCUGUUUGAAGAUGUCUCCCUGUACUUGACCACCAACUGAUGAGCUUGCCUUUGUUGUGUUGGUUGGCUUUGUGGACAAUGGCUUCUUUUCUAAGAAGCUGUGACAGUCUAUUUUCCUUUCAACUGGCUGAAAUUAGAUGUGGUUUUCUAUCAAAAACAGGAAACCAGACAUCUACAAAAUAAAUCCAGUUUAACGAGACCCAGUUUGGAUGUGACGGCACACAAUCUGUGCUAAAAUUAGGGUGGUUUUCCUCUGCUAUGAGAAGGGCCUCCUUGCUGUGAUAUUAAACUGUGUUGUGUACUGUUUUUGUGUUCACAAAGUUAGAUUGAACGGGAUCUUAAGCACUUACAAAUUUGUACAAACAUAUUGUACGAAUUGGAAUUCGCAACUUAUCAUAUAAACGGCAGGAGAGGAAAACAAAUUGCAGGAUGUAACAUAUUGUGAAAAUGUCAUUGCGAAAAUUUUGGGGGACCAGUUUUUGAUAGUGAACACUACUUUCAAUACUUCCUGAAAUUAUACAAAACCUCUGUAGUAUCACUUUAACUUCUAAAAGGAAUAUAAGACAAGUGUUGUCUUAGCACAGGGGUCCAACAAAUACAGUAUUUCCAUUGUGUUUAAUUUCUUAGUUUUUCAUUUCUUCACCAUACACAUCAACCUUCACCUCUACAACUUCAAGGGCUAAACUAUAGGAGUGUGCCAAACUUCAAGUACAUUCCAUUGGAGAAUGCACUGUACUGGUAUUACUAUUAUUUGUUCAUUCAAAUGUGACCUUAGCAUCAAGAUAAGGGCUCAAUUCCAUUACAAUUUAGUAAACUGAAAUUCCAAUUUCCCUAAAUGCUUCUUACUGAGAAAAAUGUGGAAUUGGUGUUUCUUUACUUCCGGAGUUGAUUGAAUUGAAAUGGAAUUGCCCCAACCCUGCAAGAUACUGUGGGUUGUAAAGCCUUCAACAAGCCUGACUUGUGAAUGAAGGCUUCCAACGAUUUAAGAAAACCAUACAAGAACAAGCUGAUGUAGUUUUCCAACCUGUGUGUUUGCAAAUGUGUUACAGUAUUGAUGUCACUAACCAGUAGCCUAAACAGUCAACUGUGGUUCAAAUCAAAGUGUAUUGGUUGUGUACACAUAUUUGCAGGUGUUAUAGUAGGUGCAGCGAAAUGCUUAUGUUACUAGCUCCAACAGUGCAGUAGAAUGUCUGAAUGUCAAUGAUGUUCAAUUAUUAUUUCACUCCACUGACAACUAAACCAAUACUGCUAUUUAACAUGAGAAAAAUCUGUAUGGUGAAUUAUUUUGUCAAUAAAAGCUAUGUAUGA